AUGACAGCCAUUGUGAAAAUAGCCAUUGUCGGCGGUGGGCUUAUCGCCCCUCGCCACGCUGCUGCUGUGCAUUUGCAUCCAGCAGCCGAACUCGUUGCUCUCGUUGAACCCUCACCCAAGGGCCCCGAGACCGCUGCGCAGUUCAACACUCGCCUAUACACCUCUGUUGCAGACCUACUUGCAAGUAAAGACGUCAAGCCAGACGCUGCCAUCGUCUGCACGCCCAACCACACGCACGUCUCUAUAUCGCGAGACCUGCUCGCCGCCGGCGUACAUGUACUCGUCGAGAAACCGCUGAGUCACAGCACCGACACAGCCCGUGAUCUCGUCCAGUACACAAAAGAAAACGCCAAUGUGAAGUUAGCUGUGGGCCACCACCGCCGCUUUAACCCGUACAUGCUCAAGGUCAAGGAGAUUGUGAGCUCGGGGUCGCUCGGCUCCAUCAUGGCUGUCAAUGGCAUGUGGAUGCUGUUCAAACCAGACGAUUACUUCGAGCCGCCCACGGACUGGCGUCGGCGCAAGGACGCUGGUGGCGUGGUUUUGAUUAAUCUCGUGCACGAUGUCGAUCUGCUCCAGUUCCUCUUUGGCGCUAUUGAGCGUGUGCAUGUCGAGAAGAUUGCUCGCCAGCGUGGUGACCACCACAAGGCUGAUGAGGGUGCCGCAUUGACGCUGCGCUUUUCUUCCGGGGUUGUAGGCUCGUUCCUUGUAUGCGAUGCCACACCGUCGCCGUACAACUUCGAGGCCGGUACGGGGGAGAAUGCCAAUAUUGCUGCUGCUCCGUCCAAAGAGAACUUCUAUCACAUCUUCGGAUCGAAUGCCUCGCUAAGCGUACCGGAAAUGGCACGCUGGAGCUAUGAUGGCCGUCCGGCAAAAUCAUGGUAUCAGCCGCUCACUGUCGACAAGUUUGAUGUGGACAGCUCGGCGGUGCCGUAUGAGGGGCAGCUGGCUGCUUUCUUGGAUUAUAUUGCCGGUAAGGAGAAUUCGAGCUGUUCAGCAGUGGAGGGUCUACGGGCCCUUCUUGUGUGUGACGCUGUGAGGAAGGCUUUGGAUGGGAACCGAACUAUAGACGUCGAACUUGCAUAA